AUGCUACCAGUGAUCAUAGGAUUUCUUCUUGAAUACUAUUCUGGAGGGUCGCUGGAGCAAAUUUUAAGGACGAGUUUCGUAUUAAGAUCGUUGUAUAAGAGAAGGCGAGCUUAUAUCGAUAUCAAGCCAUCGAGUAUCGUUUUGGAUGCCAAUGAAAAUGCUAUCCUUAUCGAUGUUAGCGGAACCGGUGGUUACGUUGCCACGGAUUGUUGGGCUUAUGGAAGAUUACUCUUGGCUCUCGCCGAAAAGAGUGACACCCCUAGGAUUGAUAAAAAACUGUACUUGAUCGCUGAUAGUCUGACCAAGGCGGCUCCCAAAUCUCGUAUCUCACUAUGCGAUACUCCCACGCAACUGAAUGAGGAGUAG